GGCGUCAUGCCGACGUGAAAGCUUUACUCGGGCGCGAAAGCUUUGAUUUCGAAAUUUGUCGAAGUAAAUGAGGAACCGUUAAAACAGUUUCUUUCGAAAGUGACAAGAUGGACGUGAUUACGUUAUUAAUAUAUAUUAUGUUAGAGUCGUUACAAAUAUGUUAUGGAGGAAAAAUGUUAUAUCAGCCAAUAUCAUCCGACCUAACGCAGCACUGCAUCUGCGAAGAUGUAAGCAUUGAAGAUCAUCUCUGUCAUUGCCAGGGUCAAGAUUUUAAUGAUAUACCACGAAACUUGCCGAAUAAUAUCAGUAUUUUAUCGGUCCAGAAUGCCGGCCUGGAAGUUCUGAAAAGCAAUUCUCUUGUAGAAUAUGCCGAUACGUUGCAUGAAUUGAACUUGGAAAACUUGGAACAAUUUUACCACAUCGAAACUGGCGUAUUCCAUAACCUGAAACAACUGCAAACUUUAUACAUCUACAUGGCUCCGAAACUGAGAAAAAUUCUGCCAGAGGUAUUUAAUGCAAGCUUACCAAAUUUGAAAGUGGUAAGAAUCGUCUACACAGGACUUGAACAUGUACCUGAUUUUAAUGGAUUGAACACCAACUCCGUUUUGCAUAUGAUAGAUUUGGAUCAUAAUGGCAUAAAGAAGAUAACAAAGGAAGAAAUAAGAAAUCUCGCUGUAAGUCAGUUAAUUUUGAGCUACAACGACCUGCGAGUAGUCGAGGCACAGGCCUUUUCAGGAUCGCAAGUUGCGUAUUUGAGCUUAAGAGGAAAUACAAAUUUAGAAUUUUUGCAUGGGAGGGCGUUCCACAAACUUCAAAAUUUGAGGCGUCUUGAUCUUUCCGGCACAGCUAUUACAGCUUUACCCACCGAUGGCCUCCAGGAGGUGGACGUACUUAAGAUAGAAGACACAUAUUCGCUGAAGAUAUUUCCAUCAGUUUUUAAUUUCAAGUAUAUCAAAGAAGCAUGGCUCACCUACCCCUACCACUGCUGUGCAUUCAAAUAUCCGGGCACUCACGAUCCGAAUGAAUUUAAAAAGCAAACUUCCGCCUUCAAGAAGUUACGAGACGAAUGCAACAAAAAUACAUCGAUUGUGAGUUGGAAAGUUUUAGAGUCCGAGUCACCACGACUUUACGUCGAAAAUAACGAAGUGUGGGGCGACGAAAUGGGAGUUUUCCAUAACGUCGCUAGGAAAGUUUCCGUAGAGCCCCAUUGCGAUAAUGAGGGGAUCAGAGAUUUCCAAGAGGUUCGAUGCAUUCCGAUACCAGACCCGUUUAAUCCCUGCGAAGAUCUCAUGGGAAACUGGGGUUUGCGAAUUCCGGUAUGGAUAAUAUCUCAUUCAGCAGUGAUCGGAAACCUUUUGGUGCUAGUGGUCAUCUGUACUUCGCACUUUCGCUUAACGGUUUCUAAAUUUUUAAUGUGCAAUUUGUCCAUUGCCGAUUUGUGUAUCGGCAUUCAUUUGAUGCUAUUGGCUGGUAUUGAUGCGCAUUCGAUGGGCGCCUAUUUUAAUUUUGCUAUUGAUUGGCAAGAAGGUUCUGGUUGCAAGAUAGCUGGUUUCUUGACAGUAUUUGGCAAUGUCCUUUCAGUAUUUACAUUAGCAGUAAUAACUGUUGAAAGAUGGUGUACCAUUACAUGGGCAGCUCAUUUAAAUAAACGGUUGAAGUUGCGUACGUGCAUAAAGCUGAUGUUAUUUGGAUGGAUUUGCGCAACUUUCAUGGCCGUCUUACCACUGACCGGAAUUAGCAACUAUUCCAGAACGAGCAUAUGUUUACCUUUGGAAAGCAAAAAUCGCAUCGACUCGAUUUAUUUAGGUGUUCUGCUCGCGUUCAAUUGUGCUGCGUUUACAUUGAUAUGUAUUUGUUAUGGUAGCAUGUACAGAACUAUAAUAGCAGCUAGCAGAACUGGACUAACAUCGUCGGUGAGGAACGAUCAGACGGUCGCCAAGAAGAUGGCCUUGCUAGUGUUCACGGAUUUCGCCUGUUGGUCACCUAUAGCUUUCUUCGGUACUACCGCUCUAUUGGGAUAUCCCCUGAUAACAGUAACCCAAACGAAAAUUUUGUUGGUUUUCAUUUAUCCUCUUAAUUCGUGUGCCAAUCCCUGUCUGUAUGCCCUAUUGACUCAGCAAUAUAGGAAGGAUUUUUUUCUGUUUCUGGGGAAGUUGGGAUUGUGCACAGAGCACGCCGAGUCAAAAAGAGGAGCAAUUAGAGGUAAACCAUUGCCCUAUACGGCACAAUUUAAAAAAAUCGGCGAGACAACCACAAGCAACAAAUCAAGCAGCGGCUUCAAUGCCAACAGAAGUUCCUUGAUCACUACAGUAACUACGUUAACGGUCGAAAUACCUUUACGAACGGCUUCUAUGAAAAACCCGGAAACUAUUGAUUACGUUAGUAGUGAAAAUUUGUAGAAAACUACUUUUGAACAGUUUGUGUUCGAAAAUGUGUUUUUUAGAAAUUAGAUGCAAAUAAAUCGUCUUUUAUUUUUA